AAGCCAGAAUGUUUCCCACAAGUUCACAAAAAAAAUAUUGGAUUUUUGCUGAUGAAAGUGAUCUUAUGCAUUUACGAGAAAAAACAAAUGCAAAUUUUAUUGAAAAAUAUGGUGCUGAUAUGACACCAGAACAACGAGAACAAUUUUUUUUAACAAAUCUUGAAGAAAGAACAUUACUGAGAUUUUAUGAACUUCAAUUACGAGAUUUCUGUAAAAGAUUUAUGCCAGUUAUGCCAAAAGCAACAAUUGCCACAGCAUUACAUUAUUUUAAACGUUUUUAUUUGAGAAAUAGCGUUAUGGAUUAUCAUCCAAAAGAAAUUUUAGUAACAUGUGUUUAUUUAGCAUGUAAAGUUGAAGAGUUUAAUGUUUCAAUAUCACAAUUUGUUGCAAAUGUCAAAGGUGAUCGUGAAAAAGCAUCAGAUAUUGUAUUGAACAAUGAAUUAUUACUAAUGCAACAUCUUAAUUAUAAUUUAACUGUUCAUAAUCCAUUUAGACCAGUUGAAGGAUUAAUGAUUGACAUUAAGACACGUUACAGUUCACUAGAAAAACCAGAAUCCCUUAGACCAAAUAUUGAUGAUUUUUUGGAAAAAAUUUUUUUAACAGACAGUGUUUUAUUAUAUGCACCAAGUCAAAUAGCACUUGCAGCUGUAUUACAUGCUGCAUCAAAACUCGAAGCAAAUUUAGAUAGUUAUGUUACUGAGAUACUUUUUUCCAGGGAUCAAUUGGCUGGUAUUAUUGAAGCAGUUCGAAAAAUUAGAACAAUGGCUAAAGGCUCUGAUAUACCUAGCAAAGAAAUUGUCAAAGCUUUGGAAAAAAAACUCGAUAAAUGUAGAAAUCAGGAAAAUAAUCCAGAUAGUGAAAUAUACAAGAGAAGAAUGCAAGAAAUGCUUGAAGAUGAUGAUCUUCAUGACAAUGAAAAAUAUGCUAAAAUAAUUCAAAAUCAAGAAGCUCAUGAUAAAAAAAUAUUAGGAGUUAAUAGACUACGUUCACCAUCAGAUUAA